AUGGGGCGCCCUAGUUCUCCUCCCGCGCCUCAGGAACUCGCAGUCCGUGAUAGGACGGUCACACUGAUUCAUCCUGACCGGGGCCCUGAACAUUUAUUUCCCUCCCACCUCGGCCCAGGCGAGGUCACCAGGGCUGUAAGAGUCCCCACCCGGGCGUCGGAGCGCGAGCGCCUGGAAGCGCCUCGCCUCAGAGCCCAGCGAUUAAAUUUGUUCCUCAAAUUGUUCCUACAGGAGGGACAGGAAAUAACACCGGGCUUCGGCGGCGGCCGCGGAAGGGGCAGAAGCGCGGGCCGGGCAGUCCUAGCGGCCUCGCAUCAACCUGAGCGCGCCCGCUCUCACACCGUCAACACCACCACCAGCUCCUUCGCCGAGAACUUCUCCACCACCAGCAGCAGUUUAGCCUACGACCGCGAGUUCCUCCGCACGCUGCCGGGGCUCCUCAUCGUGGCCGAGAUCGUGCUGGGAUUACUGGUAUGGACCCUUAUUGCUGGAACUGAGUACUUUCGAGUCCCUGCGUUUGGCUGGGUCAUGUUUGUCGCUGUAUUUUAUUGGGUCCUCACCGUCUUCUUCCUCAUCAUCUACAUAACAAUGACCUACACCCGGAUUCCCCAGGUGCCCUGGACCACAGUGGGCCUGUGCUUCAAUGGCAGUGCCUUCAUCUUAUACCUCUCAGCCGCUGUUGUGGAUGCUACUUCUGUCUCCCCAGAGAGGGACAGUCACAACUUCAACAGCUGGGCAGCCUCAUCGUUCUUUGCCUUCCUGGUCACCAUCUGCUACGCUGGAAACACAUAUUUCAGUUUUAUAGCAUGGAGAUCCAGGACCAUACAAUGAUUUACCAUUUUGAUAAUUAAAAGGAAAAAAAAAAGAAGAAUCUCACUGUAAAAACAGCUGUAGGUAUAAUGUAUAUUUCCAAACAAUUGUAUUUAACUAAUGUUUUUAUAUACUUAGUUAAAUUGGUUCACAGUGGUUUGCUAUAAUUAAACUGAAUACUUAUUUACAAAGUGCUAUAGCUUGUAAUGAACUUUUAAAUAUCUGGUUGAGGUCUUCAUAGACCUUAUUUUCUUAGAUAAUGCAUAAAUAGACAAAUUGCUGAUAUUAAGAAUGUGUCAAGUUUAUAAACCUAACUUUUAAAAUGCCAGAUUCUUUUGUGAUUAAAUGUUAUAAAAUCUCAGGGAAUUGUGUCUGACUGGAGAAAGGAGACCUCCUGCUAUGGAAGCCAGAGGCUGGGUAUUAUAGGAAUAUUAUCAUCCUUAUUGGCUGGGCCGCCGAGGGGUGGUGCUGUCAGGAGACACUGGUCCACCGUCCUCAGGGAAGGGUGGCAGCAGAGAGUCAGCUCCCGAAAUCUGGGGUCACAGCGCUCAUGAUUCCCACUUCCCAACAAGUGGCCUAGGAAGCAGCUAAUGAGACGUGACCUUGAGGUUGAUAAUGUGAUCAGUGGUGCUGCCAAAUGCAGGGGUUGAUGUGCUCCGAUGUUUGGGUUUUUUUUAAUAAUGUAAAAUAAGUAGCUAAUCAUUAAAAUGAUAAUAUGUACAUACAUCUUAAAGUCAUCUUGCUUACCGCUGUGGCAUAUUGUGUAGCCUGUGUGCCAUUUUUUAUGGAAACUUCUAGACCACAAAGUCUCAAUAUUUCAAACCUUUCACAUAAAUAUAUUGUAGCAUCAUUAGUAGGCAUUAUCAGACGAUGGGAAGAAUUCAGAACAUCAAGGCCAAUGUGCACUUAGAGGGCAUGCUUUUAGGUAGGAUGGUUCUUGCUGGUACAGCAGGUAUCAUGGAUGAUUUUUCAACAUUAGCUUUAAAAAAAAAGGCAAGCCGCAGAAACAUUAGUAGAGUUGAUGACAUGAACAGAGUUGAGGCCAUGCCCUCUCUCAAUAUGACUUCCUGUGGUAUCCACCUCUGUCUCUUUCUGUUUAGCAGUGCUUUUUCUUUCUGUUCUAUGUUGUUUGUACCCUUCCUCCAAGCCCUGUUCAUCCCUAUGUAGGAGAAUUGAGAACAGUCUGAAAGUGUCCAUGAAGAAUGUUUUUGGGUUGCAGUUGAGGCCCAAAGAAGUAGCGGGAGGAGGCUCGAAAGACAAGUGCAGGGCGUAACAUACAGAUGUGUGGGGGUGGUGAGCACCGUACAAGGCCACUCUGGGCCAACAGUUAGCAAGCUGCGGAAGGUGGAGCCUUUUCAGUGCAACCUGCAAGAAAUUGGUGUCGCAGGCUUAUUUAGAGCUCAUUCCAUGUCACGAGGACAGUCUGCCACUUGCCGAUUCUGCUGAAAAUCUGAAUGACUAGUCACAGCUACGUGCUCAGCUUCUCUGUCCCUGGCUCCCUCUCAUAAUCAUAGAAGCACAUCUGCCUUCCACAUAUCCUGUGGGUUUCUUAAAGCACAUUAUAUUGCAGUCAAGUUCCCAUAAAAGCCAAAAAACCAAAACCAGUAACCUACAGAGGUCUAUUUCUGAAAACAGCGAAGGAGGCCCCUUUUAUGUACUGCGGAGUAUGUGUUACUUCUAUAACCGUGACCUCAUUUAUAGGAGGUAACUUCUGGGGUGAAAAGUGCCAUAAACCCACACUUUGAAAUGUUCUUCAAAUAGGCUAGAAUUUUAGGGCUUUCUUGAACUGGUAGCAUCAAAGAGAUAUGUUUCAAAAACAACAAUAGCUAGUUUGUGUCCAUCUAGGGGCAUUUACUAUUUUGUCUUUAUUUGUAGAUUUUCAGGAGCAUUCACCAAAACAACAACCAGAAGUAUUUUUUUUAACAGAAAG